CUAUAUCAAGGACGGCCGCCCGCAGAAGAUGUGAUGGGUCGUUUUCCCCUGCCGAGUGCACAUCCAUCAUUCCUCCAAACUCCGUUGCAAGACUAGGCAGCUACAUCUAUUCCAACCAACCUUCAGAAUGCUCAAGCAGAACAUCCUCUACCUGGCCCUGGCCAUCACCGCGCCCCUUACCGAGGCCUGGCGCGGCGUGACCAAGACCAGCUGGGACUGCUGCAAGCCCGGCUGCGCCUGGCCCGAAUCCCUCAGCAAGGCCAAGGCCAAGGGCAACGUGCGCGUGUGCGACCGGUCGGACCGGGAGCUGUCCUUCGACCGCGGGCGGACCGAGCAGUCGUCGUGCUUCAGCGGCACGCCCGGCAACGGGUUCACGUGCUCGUCGUACCAGCCGCGGCCCAUCAGCAACGACCUCUCCAUCGGCUUCGCCGUCGUGGGCGAGAUCUGGGCCUGCUGCCGCUGCUUCGAGGUGCUGUGGCUCGACGGCGGCGCCCGCGGCAAGCGCAUGCAGGUCCAGGCCGUCAGCAACUCGGUCGGCUCCGGGACGGACAUCAUCAUCCUCACCCCCGGCGGCGGCAGCGGGCCGAACCCGCAGGGCUGCCUGCUGCAGCACGGGAGGACGACCGGCCGCACCUACGGCGGCGUCUCGUCCGCGGCCGAGUGCGAGCUGCUGCCAGACCACCUGCGCAGCGGCUGCUACUGGCGCUUCAACUGGGCCCGCGACGACCUCAACGACAGGAACGUCGAGAUCACCCAGAUCGCCUGCCCGGCCGCCCUCAAGAACAUCUCGGGAUGCGACUCCUGA